AUAAAGCUGUCGAUCCACCACGUCUGCUGUUCAUCAGAAGUCAAAAAGUCGACACUUUUGGAUCGUCUCAAUCGAACCCACAUGGCGAAGAAGGCGGUAUUGAUUGGCAUCAACUACCCGGGAACCAAGGCGGAGCUCAAGGGAUGCAUCAACGACGUCCAGCGGAUGUACCGCUGCCUCGUCGACCGGUACGGCUUCAAUGAGUCCGAUGUAAACGUCCUCAUCGACACCGAUGAUUCCUACACGCAGCCAACGGGGAAGAACAUCCGGAAGGCACUGGCUGAUCUCUUGCGAUCGGCGGAGCCAGGGGACAUUCUGUUUGUUCACUACAGUGGACACGGCACUCGACUCCCGGCCGAGACUGGAGACGAUGAUGAUACUGGUUAUGAUGAGUGUAUUGUGCCUUGUGAUAUGAAUCUCAUCACUGAUGAUGAUUUCAGGGAACUUGUGGAUCAGAUCCCUGAAGGGUGUCAGAUGACCAUUGUCUCUGAUUCAUGUCAUAGUGGUGGUCUCAUUGAUGAGGCUAAAGAGCAGAUUGGGGAGAGCACAAAGAGUGCUGAGGAUGAAUCAGAUUCUGGUUCUGGAUUUGGGUUUAAAACCUUCUUGCGGAGUACUGUGGAAGGUGCAUUUGAAUCUCGAGGUAUUCACAUCCCUUCUGGACUUCGCCGUCACCACCGUAGAGAUGAGGAAGAUGUUGAUGACAGGGCUGUAGAAGAAGAAUAUGGUGAGCGGGGUUAUGUGAAAAGUAGAUCUCUACCUCUCUCAACUCUCAUAGAAAUACUCAAGCAGAAAACUGGUAAAGAAGACAUUGAUGUUGGGAAGCUGAGACCAUCCCUUUUCGACAUCUUUGGUGACGAUUCCAGUCCUAAGGUGAAGAAGUUCAUGAAGGUCAUUCUGAACAAACUCCAGCAUGGCGAUGGUGAAAGUGGGGGUGGUGGGCUUUUGGGAAUGGUUGGCAGUUUGGCUCAAGAGUUUCUCAAACAGAAGCUGGAGAAUGAUGACGGGUAUGUAAAACCUGCGCUGGAGACAGAAGUUGGUAGCAAGCAAGAAGUUUAUGCUGGAGCAGCCAAGCGCUCCCUCCCAGAUGGAGGAAUUUUGAUUAGCGGCUGCCAAACCGAUCAAACUUCUGCUGAUGCCAGUCCAGGAGGAAAUUCCAGUGAAGCUUAUGGGGCACUUAGCAAUGCCAUCCAGACAAUACUCGCCGAGGCAGACGGUACAGUUACUAAUCAGGAGCUGGUUUUGAAGACUCGGAGGGUGCUCAAAACUCAAGGUUUUUCUCAACGACCUGGCCUCUAUUGCAGUGACCAUCAUGUUGAUGCUGGUUUUAUUUGCUGAUUCCUUUAUAGUUUAUCAGCAACUAUAAGUUAUUGGUUGUUCCAAGAGAAUGGUGUGAUGACUGGAAAGAACUUGCCUUGUAGGCGUUUAUUGUCUUGCAUGCUUAAAUCUGAUGCCCCUUUUGUUUGCUUGGUCAUAUAUAUUUUAUGUUAAUGAGUGGAAUUUUGUGAUUAUAUAAUAUUUGGAUUUGUAUAAA